AUGAGCAGGGCGACUGAGUACAAUACUACUAGGGAUAACAGCGAUGAAGACAUACACAUGUAUUGCUAUAGAACACCGCAUAAUGGAGUGAUGAGCAGGGCGACUGAGCACAAUACUACUAGGGAUAACAGCGAUGAAGACAUACACAUGUAUUGCUAUAGAACACCGCAUAAUGGAGUGAUGAGCAGGGCGACUGAGUACAAUACUACUAGGGAUAACAGCGAUGAAGACAUACACAUGUAUUGCUAUAGAACACCGCAUAAUGGAGUGAUGAGCAGGGCGACUGAGUACAAUACUACUAGGGAUAACAGCGAUGAAGACAUACACAUGUAUUGCUAUAGAACGCCGCAUAAUGGAGUGAUGAUCAGGGCGACUGAGCACAAUACUACUAGGGAUAACAGCGAUGAAGACAUACACAUGUAUUGCUAUAGAACACCGCAUAAUGGAGUGAUGAGCAGGGCGACUGAGUACAAUACUACUAGGGAUAACAGCGAUGAAGACAUACAUAUGUAUUGCUAUAGAACGCCGCAUAAUGGAGUGAUGAUCAGGGCGACUGAGCACAAUACUACUAGGGAUAACAGCGAUGAAGACGUACACAUGUAUUGCUAUAGAACACCGCAUAAUGGAGUGAUGAGCAGGGCGACUGAGUACAAUACUACUAGGGAUAACAGCGAUGAAGACAUACAUAUGUAUUGCUAUAGAACACCGCAUAAUGGAGCGAUGAGCAGGGCGACUGAGUACAAUACUACUAGGGAUAACAGCGAUGAAGACAUACACAUGUAUUGCUAUAGAACACCGCAUAAUGGAGUGAUGAGCAGGGCGACUGAGCACAAUACUACUAGGGAUAACAGCGAUGAAGACAUACACAUGUAUUGCUAUAGAACACCGCAUAAUGGAGUGAUGAGCAGGGCGACUGAGCACAAUACUACUAGGGAUAACAGCGAUGAAGACAUACACAUGUAUUGCUAUAGAACACCGCAUAAUGGAGUGAUGAGCAGGGCGACUGAGCACAAUACUACUAGGGAUAACAGCGAUGAAGACAUACACAUGUAUUGCUAUAGAACACCGCAUAAUGGAGUGAUGAGCAGGGCGACUGAGUACAAUACUACUAGGGAUAACAGCGAUGAAGACAUACACAUGUAUUGCUAUAGAACACCGCAUAAUGGAGUGAUGAGCAGGGCGACUGAGCACAAUACUACUAGGGAUAACAGCGAUGAAGACAUACACAUGUAUUGCUAUAGAACACCGCAUAAUGGAGUGAUGAGCAGGGCGACUGAGUACAAUACUACUAGGGAUAACAGCGAUGAAGACAUACACAUGUAUUGCUAUAGAACACCGCAUAAUGGAGUGAUGAGCAGGGCGACUGAGCACAAUACUACUAGGGAUAACAGCGAUGAAGACAUACACAUGUAUUGCUAUAGAACACCGCAUAAUGGAGCGAUGAGCAGGGCGACUGAGUACAAUACUACUAGGGAUAACAGCGAUGAAGACAUACACAUGUAUUGCUAUAGAACACCGCAUAAUGGAGUGAUGAGCAGGGCGACUGAGCACAAUACUACUAGGGAUAACAGCGAUGAAGACAUACACAUGUAUUGCUAUAGAACACCGCAUAAUGGAGUGAUGAGCAGGGCGACUGAGCACAAUACUACUAGGGAUAACAGCGAUGAAGACAUACACAUGUAUUGCUAUAGAACACCGCAUAAUGGAGUGAUGAGCAGGGCGACUGAGUACAAUACUACUAGGGAUAACAGCGAUGAAGACAUACACAUGUAUUGCUAUAGAACACCGCAUAAUGGAGUGAUGAGCAGGGCGACUGAGCACAAUACUACUAGGGAUAACAGCGAUGAAGACAUACACAUGUAUUGCUAUAGAACACCGCAUAAUGGAGUGAUGAGCAGGGCGACUGAGUACAAUACUACUAGGGAUAACAGCGAUGAAGACAUACACAUGUAUUGCUAUAGAACACCGCAUAAUGGAGUGAUGAGCAGGGCGACUGAGCACAAUACUACUAGGGAUAACAGCGAUGAAGACAUACACAUGUAUUGCUAUAGAACACCGCAUAAUGGAGUGAUGAGCAGGGCGACUGAGUACAAUACUACUAGGGAUAACAGCGAUGAAGACGUACACAUGUAUUGCUAUAGAACACCGCAUAAUGGAGUGAUGAGCAGGGCGACUGAGCACAAUACUACUAGGGAUAACAGCGAUGAAGACAUACACAUGUAUUGCUAUAGAACACCGCAUAAUGGAGUGAUGAGCAGGGCGACUGAGUACAAUACUACUAGGGAUAACAGCGAUGAAGACAUACACAUGUAUUGCUAUAGAACACCGCAUAAUGGAGUGAUGAGCAGGGCGACUGAGCACAAUACUGCUAGGGAUAACAGCGAUGAAGACAUACACAUGUAUUGCUAUAGAACACCGCAUAAUGGAGUGAUGAGCAGGGCGACUGAGUACAAUACUACUAGGGAUAACAGCGAUGAAGACAUACACAUGUAUUGCUAUAGAACACCGCAUAAUGGAGUGAUGAGCAGGGCGACUGAGCACAAUACUGCUAGGGAUAACAGCGAACAAAUCAAACAUGCUUGA